GAUUGGGCAAUUUUCAAACUGAUUGAGCAAUUGUGUGCUAGUGUGCCAGUUGCAUUGCCAUUGGUUGCUCCAGAGUGCAGAAGCUGGAGCCCUGCAGCUUUGCUGCUUUUUCAACAAGCAGUCAGCAGAAGGGGAAGGAGGGACAGGCAGGCAGGCAGGCAGGCAGGCAGCUCGGAGGGAGAGAGAUUCAGAGACUAAGCACGAGUCUGUGGCUUUUAUAACGCUGUGCGAGCCCCCCUCUGCGCGUGCCAUGUGCAUCUUUUGGCCCCCCAGGCUGGUGCUGGCCAUGCUAGUGCCCAUUCUGGUCACGUCCGAGUACGAGUACCUCGGCUGGAAGGACCUGGGGGACAGCUAUGGUAAAAGUCCCCAGUGCAUGGACAUCCCAGAGGACCUGAGGCUGUGCUACACCGUGGGCUACCACCGCAUGCUGCUGCCCAACCUGCUGGAGCACGAGACCAUGGCAGAAGUGAAGCAGCAGGCGGGCAGCUGGGUGCCCCUCGUGCACAAAAGGUGCCACUCAGGCACGCAGGUCUUCCUCUGCUCCCUCUUCGCCCCUGUGUGCCUGGACAGGCCCAUCUACCCCUGCAGGAAGCUCUGCGAAUCUGUGCGGGACAGCUGCACCCCCAUCAUGGAGGCGUUCGGUUUCCCCUGGCCGGAGAUGCUCAACUGCAGCAAGUUCCCGCAGGAUGAUUUGUGCAUCUCCACCAACACUACGGACAUGCCUCCGUCACCAGACGACAGCCCGGCGUGUCCUCCAUGUGAAAACGAAAUGAGCCCAGAAGUCAUUCUGGAACACAUGUGCGCCAGUGAGUUCGCUAUCAAAACCAAAAUAAAGGAAGCAAAGAUAGAGAACUUGGAUAAGAAGUUGAUCCUGCAGAAGAGGAGGAAAACAGUGUCUGGAAAUCUAAAUAAAGAGGAGCUGAAGAAGCUGGUGCUGUAUCUGAAGAAUGGAGCAGACUGUCCUUGCCAACAACUGGAAAAUUUGGGCAACACCUACCUAAUCAUGGGCCGUAAAGCGGGGAAGCGGUACCUACUGACUGGAAUCCACAAGUGGGACAAAUCUAGCAAAGAGGUCAAGAAGGCUCUGAAGAAACUGAAGAGCCACAAAUGUCCUGUAUAUGAAACGGUUUUUAAAUGACUGACCGCUCAAUAGCCAUACACAUGUAAUAUAAUAAUGCAGAUUGGAGUUGUACUCUUGUUUUGUCAUCGCUAUAUAGCCUUGUGUCGCGUUUUGCAUUGUAGUGGAGUUUACGAUGAAGCGCUGGGGCAGCCGGUGGUUCAUCUGCACUCCAGCGAUGGAGAAAAAAAAACAUUACAGCUUGGAAGUGUGCCAAGAAUGCAUUUGCAUAACAAAUAGCUGAAUCUAACCAUGAGGGCCAAAGGCCUCCAACAUAAUAUUAUUACUUUGUCUGUCUUACACUUUUUAAACGUUCACCCAUAACAAUUAAAAACAGUCAUAAUUCCA